UCCCAACAAAACCAUCUCUCUCUCUCUCUCUCUCCAUGGCCUUGUCCGAGUCCUUGUCGCCCUUCUGCCUCGCCCUUCUCCUCGCAAGCAUUUUGGGAAGCUCAGAAGCAAGGGACUUCUUGGUCGGAGGCAACGACAACGCGUGGCGAGUCCCACCCAACACCACGGAUUCCCUCAACCAAUGGGCCGAGAAGAAUCGUUUCCAAGUCGGCGAUUCCCUCGUCUGGAAGUACGACGCCGCGAAGGACUCGGUACUGCAGGUAACCAGGGACGCCUACCUGGGCUGCAACCGCUCAAGUCCGGUGGCGGAGCACAAGGACGGGGCGACCGUCGUGAGGCUGCACCUCCCCGGAGCGUACUACUUCAUCAGCGGAGCAGCAGGCGCCUGCGAGGAGGGGGAGAAGCUGAUCGUGGUGGUGAUGUCUGAGCGCCACUCGCUCCGCGGCCUCGCUACGGCGCCGUCCCCGGCGGAGUCCGAGGGACCGGCGGUCGCUCCGACCAGCGCCGCUCGGAGGGCGGUGGUUUUCGGGAGUGGCAUGGCAUGCUCUCUGGUGGUUCUGGGGAUGCUGAUGUGAACCGAGCUUUCGCAGCUACCGUGUUACCUCGGUCCUGAUGAGGCUGAACGAAUUUUGAUGUUUUAGUUCUUGCAUUGAAUUUAUUUUAUUAUUAUGU